CCUGCGCGUGAGCUAGCACGCGCCAAGCGAGAAGAGGGAGGGAGGGAGCGAACUAACAUCGGCGGCAGCAAGCCACCAGCCCCGUAAUCGAGAAAGAAAAGAGAAGUUACGCAAGAAAGAAUUGCUGUAAUUUUCUCACCUGCUGGGCUACAUUGGGUAAAUUAAGUCCACCAGAGGCUCAGGUGACAGAGGAGACCGUUUGGGAACUCCCUAGGAACAAAACAACAAAAGCAAAAAUACGGGAUUUAACACAGGCAGUGACAAUAAAACAACACUCCCUGACAAGUGGGCUGCUGGCUGCCGAAGGAGCAGGCAGGACAAGGAAAAAGGAAAUAAAUACGACAUCUGCUUUUCCCUUAAGGUAUUUAAACGUUAUUUUCAAAACAUAAAUUCUCACUGAACUUUAAAUUCAUGAAACAAUGAAGACUUAGCCAGAACUCAUCAAGUGUCUCUGCAGUAGCUAACGUUAGUUAGCUAGUGAGUGAGCGGUGUUCGCUAGCUACAGUAGCGUUUUGCUAGCGACUAACGUUAGCUAAGCUAGCUGACUAAACGUGUUGUUUUCCAAUAAACUUUGGUGGUGUUUUUAAUAACCCGAACAGUGAAGGAGUGCUUCAAGACUAGAGGGGGAGGGCAGGUUCCCUUCUUGACAUAUUCCCCUCUACACAUUUUCCUUAAAAUGAUAGCUGCGGAGGCCAGUAGUGAAGACACGGGCUCUGUCUCGACAGGGGUGGCAGGCGGCGGAGGCCCCGAGACGGCCCAUUUUCCGUUUUAUCCCAAUCAGACCAGAGUGCGGGUCACUGAUUUUGGCCAGCGAUCAGCACCAAACUCCCGCUACCAGUCGAACACCACCCCGGACGCCCUCCCUGAUAUGAGUAUGAUUUACCCCGUAUCUGGAGGAGAUAUUACCGGACCAGUCUUGUCCGCUACAGGGAAUGGUGGUGGUGGACACGCAAAUUGUCAAGGAACAAGCUCAGGGACCAUUGGCGGUGUGUGCUACUCCCCCACCUCAGAGGGGCCCGGCAGCCGGAUAUCACCCACCUCGUCGGGUCCAGACGGGCCCAGUGUCUUCCCCCCACUACCACCACCACCUCUGCUGCCCACAGGCUACGGGGGACUCGGCACUGUGGAUGAAAGCGAGAUGCAGGAUGGACCAGAAUACGAGGAAGAGGAGGUGGUCUUCCCGCUCUCAGCGCCGCCCACUAACCAGUGGUACCAUGGGAAGCUGGACCGGACCAUUGCUGAGGAGCGGUUGCGGCAGGCCAAGACUCCUGGCAGCUACCUCAUCAGGGAGAGUGACCGCCGUCCCGGCUCCUUUGUCCUGUCCUUCCUCAGCUUGACCAGCGUGGUCAACCAUUUCAGGAUAAUCGCCAUGUGUGGAGACUAUUACAUUGGCGGGCGCCGGUUCUCGUCCCUGUCGGACCUGAUUGGUUAUUACAGCUAUGUGUCUUGCCUGCUGAAAGGUGAAAAGCUGCUAUCACCCGUGGCUCCCCCAGAGCCUGUAGAGGACAGGAGGCGAGUGAGAGCCAUUCUUCCAUACACCAAAGUGCCAGAGACCGAUGAGAUCAGCUUCCUGAAAGGGGACAUGUUUAUCGUUCACAAUGAACUGGAUGACGGCUGGAUGUGGGUGACCAACGUGAGGACAGAGGAGCAGGGCCUCAUUGUAGAGGAUCUAGUGGAGGAGGUGGGACGGGAGGAGGACCCACAUGAGGGCAAAGUCUGGUAUCACGGCAAGAUCCGCAAACAGGAGGCCUAUAACCUUCUGAUGACAGUUGGUCAAGUGUGCAGCUUCCUGGUCCGGCCGUCAGACAACACACCCGGGGAUUACUCACUGUUUUUUCGCACUAAUGAGAACAUCCAAAGGUUUAAGAUAUGCCCCACCCCCAACAAUCAGUACAUGAUGGGGGGGAGGUACUAUAACAGUGUUGAUGACGUUGUGGACCAUUAUAAGAAGGAGCAGAUUGUAGAGGGCUACAACCUGAAAGAUGCUGUUUCGGUGCAGCACCAGGAACAAGUGCUCUCAGAGUUGGUGGACGGCAAGGAGAUCUAUAACACUAUCAGACGGAAAACGAAAGAUGCGUUCUACAAAAACAUUGUCAAGAAAGGCUACCUCCUAUUCAACAAAGGCAAAGGUAAGCGGUGGAAGAACCUCUACUUCAUCCUGGAGGGGAACGACGCCCAGCUCAUCUACUUUGAGAGUGAGAAGAGAGCCACCAAACCCAAAGGUCUGAUUGACCUGAGUGUGUGUUCCGUGUACGGUGUGCACGACAGUCUGUUUGGCAGACCAAACUGUUUCCAAGUUGUGGUCCAGCACUUUAGUGAGGAACAGUACAUAUUCUACUUCGCUGGCGAGACUCCUGAACAGGCACAGGACUGGAUGAAAUGUCUGCACACGUUCUGCAGUAACCUUAGGAAACCCACCCAGCCCACUCCCAACAAGAGGCUCCGACAGGUGAGCAGCCUGGUCCUGUAUGUGGAGGAGGCCCACAAGCUGCCUGUGAAGCACUUCACCAACCCCUACUGCAACAUCUACCUGAACAAUGUGCAGGUGGCCAAGACCCACCCCCGAGAGGGUCAGAACCCCGUCUUCACAGAAGAGUUCAUCUUUGAUGACUUGUCGAGUGAAAUCAACAGGUUUGAAAUCAGCCUGAGCAAUAAGACAAAGAAGAGCAAAGAAAGUGACAUCUUGUUCAUGCGUUGCCAGCUGAGCCGCCUACAGAAGGGCCAGAUGAUAGACGAGUGGUUCCCUCUGAGCUCCCACGUGCCUCUGAAGGGCAUCGAGCCGGGCUCUCUGAGGGUCCGAGCCCGCUACUCCAUGGAGAAAAUCAUGCCUGAGGAGGAGUACAGUGAGUUCAAAGAGCUGAUCCUGCUGAAGGAGUUCCAUGUGAUCUAUGCUCUGGCCCAUGUGUGUGGGCAGGACCGCACCCUGCUGGCCAGCAUCCUGCUGCGCAUCUUCAGACACGAGAAGACAGAGGCCCCCUUACUCAGGACACUCAAUGACAGAGAGAUCAACAUGGAGGACGAGGCGACAACCCUGUUCCGAGCGACCACUCUGGCCAGCACGCUGAUGGAGCAGUACAUGAAGGCCACGGCCACACCCUUCGUCCACCACGCCCUCAAAGAUACAAUCCUCAAGAUCAUGGAGAGCAAGCAGUCCUGCGAGCUGAACCCCUCCAAACUGGAGAAGAACGAGGAUGUGCAUCUGAACCUGGCCCACCUCCUCCUAAUCCUGUCUGAGCUGGUGGAGAAGAUCUUCAUGGCGGCUGAGAUCCUGCCCCCUGUAAAUAGGCUUUCAUCUGUCAUCGACGAUGACGUCCCCAUCGAUGAUGGCUGUCAAUCAUUGUCGACACCCGAUGACAUCGUUCAUCGGCCCAACCCUAAUAAAACUCUACGAUAUAUCUAUGGGUGUCUACAGAAGUCAGUGCAGCAGAAAUGGCCCAACACCACUAUGAGAACCCGGGUGGUCAGUGGCUUUGUGUUCCUGAGACUGAUCUGUCCUGCCAUCCUCAACCCAAGAAUGUUCAACAUCAUCACUGACCCUCCCUCUGCAACAGCGGGACGUACCCUCACUCUGGUUGCCAAGUCUGUCCAGAACCUGGCUAACCUGGUAGAGUUUGGUGCUAAGGAGCCCUACAUGGAGGGAGUGAACCCCUUCAUCAAAAACAACAAACAUAGGAUGAUCAUGUUUUUGGAUGAGUUGGGUAAUGUCCCUGACCUCCCUGAAGCUACAGAGCACUUUAGGACAGACCUGUCCCGUGACCUUGCUGCCCUGCAUGAGAUCUGUGUCUCACACUCAGACGACCUCCGCACCUUGAGCAAUGAGAGGGGAGCACAGCAGCACGUGCUGAAAAAACUGCUGGCCAUCACUGAGCUCCUUCAGCAGAAACAAGAUCAAUAUGCCAUGUCCAACAGCAACAGGUAGUACAGCACUCCUCCUCUCUCUCUUGCUCUCUCCCUUUGUCUCCCUGCACAGAGACACACAGGGGACCUGACCCAGCAUGCUCCAAUCAUUACCAUGGCACCCCUCCAUCUCCCAUCUCCUCCUACAACAGUCCCACCCACCACAUUGCCCAUGCCAGAAGAGCUAUGCAAUGAAAGCAGCAGAAAACCGAACCAACGCAGUACCUAAACAAAACAAAAAAAACUCAACUUGCACCAGACUGCUGUAUGCACAGUGAAUGUGUUUUUUUUCUUCUGAAAACAGUGUUCAUGAUUCUGUGACUUGGGUACAUGUAUGCGUAUCAUUCCCCUUCAUCAAGAGGGUCAAAGAUUUGAUUUCAAAGUAAAGCUUCACAUGCCCAAGACAUGUUUUUCCACACAGCACAGGUUGCCAAAGUAUAUCGAUCUCCCUGCUCAAUAUGAGGAAAGUCAACUGACAUGAAGAAGCUACAGUCGACCCUGUAAUGCUUUUUACUGUUAUGGUUGUGACAAUGUCCACAAAGUGCUGAAACUAGCGUUUCUAUUUGUCUCCAGUAUUUGGGGGUUCUUUCUCUGUAUUUUUGUCUGGAGAUUCUUGCAGAAAGUAUGUUUUAUUUUAUCUAUUAAAAAAAAAAUCUUGCUGGAAUCAUGAGUAUAUAGUUGAAACUUUUUUUUAUUUUAUUUUAUUCCAAUUGUAUCACAUUUUGAUUGUUUGGUUCACUCUUCCUUAACUUCUCAAUGCCAGACAAGAUGCAGAAUAAAUACAAAUAAAGUUAAUGUUUACAGCAGUAAAUCUUUGAAUAGUACAGAUUGUAUCAGACAUGCAUGCACUUAUUAAAGUUGUUUUCUAAGUAGAUAAUGGAGUCGUUCUUCCCCAGGUAAUUAGUGAUUGUUAAAGUGCCUUCAGGGCUGUCUGCUCUGUGUUAUGACCUAGAAACCCAGGUUUGAGAUUUAAGAGCAGCCUUGUAUCAUAACUUUUCAAAAAUGGGUAUUAAAGUAUGGCAAAUGAAUGUUGGCAAGUUCACUGUGCUCCGAGCCUAGUGAUGUUAUGCCCAUGGAAUAUACACAUUUUUACUACAUAAGUAAUUUAAAAACACAUUUGCAUUUCAAAGUUGACACCCAAUAAAACAUGUAUCUUACAGAAGAAGAGACCUUUUGAAAAAGCAUCAUGUAUGGCCUCAAAGAUAACACAAUAUCUAAAUCUUCUCUCGUUGUUGAAUCUUGCACACAUUGGGUAGACCUGUGAGACUAUUGGCCAGUAUUGCUGACAGUCCUUCAGUGACAACGGGGUUGGGUGAAAAACAAAAACAUUGUUUGCGUCAUUCAUAGGUCAUCCAGAUCUUCAUCAGUCCGCUCCUAUUAAACAGAGCUAUUUAAUGACCUGUAAAUCAUGAGGCACUGGUAGCAAAAAUGUGAAGUGGUUUUGACUCACAACUUCUGUCAUCUGGGGCUCUUUCACUACAUGAUCAUCCUCGUAUCCUUUCUUUUCCUGUAAAAAAGAUUGAAAAUAUAUAUUUGUACUUUUUCUGAUGUUAGUGCACAAUCGGGUGGUAUAUGUAGUAUUGUUGACCUGUGUAAGCUGUAAGCUUUAACUGACUGGACUGAAGCAAUGUCAAUCAUGGAGUUAAGUCUGCUGGAAUACGUUUUUAAGAACCUCUGUUUUCCUUGUUUGCACCUCAUGAUCAUCCCUUCAAGUCAUGCACAUCUCCCCCCCCCCCCCCCCCCCCGCCGUUGUCUAGUGUACAUCUGUCAUGACAGCUCCAUGGUAAACACUGUGACGUGACCGACCAGAGUUCAUAGCAGGGUGGAUGUGUAAGGGGUUAUGGUGGCAUGGUCAAUAAAUGGCAUUAAGAUGUAACUGAUGUACAGUCCUCAACAGUGUGCACUUUGUCUUGCAGGACUGAGUGCACCAUCAUGGCAUUGGCUGCCAUCAUCCAGGUAAUGUGAUUUUUACCAAUGGGACGAGGUCAGUCAGUCAGCCAUGUACUGGCAUGGAGCGCUGGACCGAAAAGCUAGGUGGUUUUGUAUUGAGCAUGUAGCUUUCUGGACAUUAUGAUCCAUUAUGGCCAACUGAGUCCUGCAAUGGGAACGUGACUGACUGGAUCUGGGAAUCUCUUGCCAGUCCCAAAGCCCUUGAACAGACACUGGUGAAAUAAUGAGUAACUCCUUACCCAAUGCUAACCUGAACUAUAUUCAAGCUUGAGGGCCAAAUCAGACAAGAGGACACUUUGAAGACUUGGCCUACAUGGCAGAGUUGUAUAUCUUACAGAGAACUAUAAACUGGACUAUCUCCUGUAUGUUGACUGCCUUGGCCUUUGUCCUGACUUGAACCCUUGAGGUCCCUACACAUUUAGCCUCCUUGUCAACAGUGGAACCUUCCUGAAGGACCUUUGGUCAGGGGCUAGCCAAAGCACCGUAGAGAUAACAACGACCUUCAGGGAAAUCUAAUGUAGCACCGAUCCAAGAAAGCCUUAACUCCCUUUCUACACACCACUACUUCACUUGAUUUUACAACCCAACCUCUUCCUAUCUCCACAAUGGCCGCUUACAGUCCACACUGGCAUAUAUGCACGCGCACACACACACACACACAGUACCAGUCAAAAGUUUGGACACCUACUCAUUCAAGGGUUUUCUUUGUUUUUACUAUUUUCUACAUUGUUGAAUAGUGAAGACACCUAAACUAUGAACUAACACAUGGAAUCGUGUAGUAACUAAAGUGUUAAACAAAUAUUUUCAAAGUAGUCACCUUUAUGACUGCUUUGCACACCUUUGGCAUUCUCUCAACCAACUACAACUGGAAUGCUUUUCCAACAAUCUUGAAGGAGUUCCCACAUACGCUGAGCACUUGUUGGCUGCUUUUCCUUCACUCUGCGGUCCAAACCAUCUCAAUUGGAGGCAAGGUAGGCUGAUGCAGCACUCCAUCACUCUCCGUGGUCAAAUAGCCCUUACACAGCCUGGAGAUGUGUUGGGUCAUUGUUCUGUUGAAAAACAAAUUAUAGUCCCACUAAGUGCAAACCAGAUGGGAUGGCGUAUCACUGCAGAAUGCUGUGGUAGCCAUGCUGGUUAAUUGUGCCUUGAAUUCUAAAUAAAUCACUGACAGCGUCACCAGCAAUGCACCCCCACACCACUUCCUCGAUGCUUCACGGUGGAGAUCAUCCGUUCACCUACUCUGUGUCUCACAAAGACACAGCGGUUGGAACCAAAAAUCUCAAAUUUGGAGUCAUCCAACCAGAGGACAGAUUUCCCCCAUCUAAUGUCCAUUGCUCAUGUUUCUUGACCCAAGCAAGUCUUCUUAUUGGUGUCCUUUAGUAGUGGUUUCUUUUUAGCAAUUCGACCAUGAAUGCCUGAUUCACUCAGUCUCCUCCUGCAAAGUUCAUUUUGAGAUGUGUUUCUGUUACUUGAACUCUGUAAAGCAGUUAUUUGGGCUGCAAUCUGAGGUGCAGUUAACUCUAAUGAACGUAUCCUCUGUAGCCGAGGUAACUCUGGGUUUUCCUUUCCUGUGGCGGUCCACAUGAGAGCUAAUUUCAUUAUAGAGCUUGAUGGUUUUUGCGACUGUAGUUGAUGAAACUUUCAAAGUUCUUGACAUUUUCCGGAUUGACUGACCUUCAUGUGUCAAAGUAAUGAAGGACUGUCGUUUCUCUUUGCUUAUUUGAGAUGUUCUUGCCAUAAUUUGGAUUUAGCCCUAUUUAGUAAAAUACCAUCUUCUGUAUACCAUCUCUACGUUGUCACAACACAACUGAUUGUCUCAAACGCAUUAAGAAGGAAAGACAUUCCUUAAAUUAACGUUUUACAAGGCACACCUGUUAAUUGAAAUGCAUGCCAGGUGACAAACUCAUGAAGCUGGUUGAGAGAAUGCCAAGAGUCAAGGAAAAGGGUGGCUACUUGGAAGAAUAACAUAUUUUGAUUUGUUGAACACUAUUUUUGCUUACUACAUGAUUCCAUUUGUGUUAUUUCAUAGUUUUAAUGUCUUCACUAUUAUUCUACAUUGUAGAAAACAGGAAAAAUAAAGAAAAAUCCUGGAAUGAGUAGGUGUGUCCAAACUUUUGACUGGUACUGUAUGUGUAUAUACACUGCUCAAAAAAAUAAAGGGAACACUAAAAUAACAUCCUAGAUCAGAAUGAAUGAAAUAUUCUUAUUAAAUACUUUUUUCUUUACAUAGUUGAAUGUGCUGACAACAAGAUCACACAAAAAUGAUCAAUGGAAAUCAAAUUUAUCAACCCAUGGAGGUCUGGAUUUGGAGUCACACUCAAAAUUAAAGUGGAAAACCACACUACAGGCUAAUCCAACUUUGAUGUAAUGUCCUUAAAACAAGUCAAAAUGAGGCUCAGUAGUGUGUGUGGCCUCCACGUGCCUGUAUGACCUCCCUACAACGCCUGGGCAUGCUCCUGAUGAGGUGGCGGAUGGUCUCCUGAGGGAUCUCCUCCCAGACCUGGACUAAAGCAUCCGCCAACUCCUGGACAGUCUGUGGUGCAACGUGGCGUUGGUAGAUGGAGCGAGACAUGAUGUGCUCAAUUGGAUUCAGGUCUGGGGAACGGGCAGGCCAGUCCAUAGCAACAUGCCUUCCUCUUGCAGGAACUGCUGACACACUCCAGCCACAUGAGGUCUAGCAUUGUCUUGCAUUAGGAGGAACCCAGGGCCAACCGCACCAGCAUAUGGUCUCACAAGGGGUCUGAGGAUCUCAUCUCGGUACCUAAUGGCAGUCAGGCUACCUCUGGCGAGCACAUGGAGGGCUGUACGGCCCACCAAAGAAAUGCCACCCCACACCAUGACUGACCCACCGCCAAACCGGUCAUGCUGGAGGAUGUUGCAGGCAGCAGAACGUUCUCCACGGCGUCUCCAGACUCUGUCAUGUCUGUCACAUGUGCUCAGUGUGAACCUGCUUUCAUCUGUGAAGAGCACAGGGCGCCAGUGGCGAAUUUGCCAAUCUUGGUGUUCUCUGGCAAAUGCCAAACGUCCUGCACGGUGUUGGGCUGUAAGCACAACCCCCCACCUGUGGACGUCGGGCCUUCAUACCACCCUCAUGGAGUCUGUUUCUGACCGUUUGAGCAGACACAUGCACAUUUAUGGCCUGCUGGAGGUUAUUUUGCAGGGCUCUGGCAGUGCCUCCUCCUUGCACAAAGGCGGAGGUAGCGGUCCUGCUGCUGGGUUAUUGCCCUCCUACGGCCUCCCCCAUGUCUCCUGAUGUACUGGCCUGUCUCCUGGUAGCACCUCCAUGCUCUGGACACUACGCUGACAGACACAGCAAACCUUCUUGCCACAGCUCGCAUUGAUGUGUCAUCCUGGAUGAGCUGCACUACCUGAGCCACUUGUGUGGGUUGUAGACUCCGUCUCAUGCUACCACUAGAGUGAAAGCACUGCCAGCAUUCAAAAGUGACCAAAACAUCAGCCAGGAAGCAUAGGAACUGAGAAGUGAUUUGUGGUCACCACCUGCAGAACCACUCCUUUAUUGGGGGUGUCUUGCUAAUUGCCUAUAAUUUCCACCUGUUGUCUAUUCCAUUUGCACAACAGCAUGUGAAAUUUAUUGUCAAUCAGUGUUGCUUCCUAAGUGGACAGUUUGAUUUCACAGAAGUGGGAUUGACUUGGAGUUACAUUGUGUUGUUUAAGUGUUCCCUUUAUUAUUUUGAGCAGUGUAUAUGUACAUAUACACAUCACUGAAGCUACUAGCUAUAUAUUUUAUAAGCUGCUUUACCUGUUGAUAGGAUACACUUAGGCUUAUAUGACAAAACCAGUGUUUGUGUAUGACUGCUAAAUGGAGUUGUACUAUAGGUUCAUAUUUGUAUCAUAGCUUAACAGUUUGUAGGACCUAUUUGUAACCUGUGAAACUAACCUGAUGUCUGGGCCUGAGAAACUAAAGGAACUGAGAAAUCUUCCCUUUUAAGCCUGGGCUCAUCAACAGAAGCGUUCAUAUAAUUGCAACUUCAAUGUAACCCUCACUAACCCACCUUCCUUGGCGAUACACUAACCAAGAUCAUACAGAGAACUUCUGUGCAGGCCAAGCCCAGAUUUACCGCCCUGUCAUUUGGAUGAGAACUGGUUGAUUUUGUUCAACCAUAGUCUGCUUUUCCAAACAGCUCAAAGUUAGAGACUUGGAGCCGAUAACCUGUAGUUUCUCAGUUUAGAUGCACUGAAGAUUACACAGACCUGACUCAAGUGUUCAUAGACUAGACUAUCGAUAUGGGUGACACAACUCCUCUCUUCAAAAUGUACAAAUGUAACUGUUCUGCUUCCUCUUCAUUUCAUAUAGUGGAUGUGUUCAUUUUAGAUUUUUCUACCUGAUAGACAGAACUGUGAAUCUUUUGCAUCUUCUCUUGUUUGACCUGGCUAAAUAAAACUGUUAGUAUGUUUGGCAAAAGGUAUUGCUUCAUUUGUGCAAGACUAUUUACUCUGAAGUGGUCUUUAACAGAAUAUCUUCUCCUUACCUGACAGCCAUUCCUAUCACACAAAAUGAACAUGUUACUCAAGUCAGCUGAUCAUUUCUACCUCCCCAGUUGUGGUAGUGCACCCAUAACAGCCUCAAUCGUCAGGUCAUGGACUCUACAAGGUGUCGAAAGCGUUCCACAGGGCUGCUGGCCCAUAUUGGCUACAAUGCUUCCCACAGUUGGCUGGAUGUCCUUUGGUUGGUUGGUAGACCAUUCUUGAUACACACAAGAAACUGUUGAGUGUGGAAAAACCCAGCAGCGUUGUAGUUCUUGACACAAACCGAUAUGACUGGCACCUACUACUAUACCUCCGUUCAAAGGCACUUAAAUCUUUUGUCUUGCCAAUUCACCCUCCGAAUGGCACACAUACACAAUCCAUGUCUCAACUCUAACAUCUUUAUGUUAAAUCCUGUCACAAUCCUGUGUCUCCUACCCUUCAGCUACACUGAUUGAAAUGGAUUCAACAAGUGACAUCAAUAAGAGAUCCUAUCUUUCAGUUGGAUUCACCUGGUCAGGCUAUGUCAUGGAAAGAGCAUGUUUUGUAUACUCCGUGUUUACGAACAUACACUUUGGCGUUUGUGCCAAAGUCAGCAUGGGCCCUCUCCAAAUCAAACUUUAUUUGUCACAUGCACCGAAUACAAGUGUAGACCUUACCAUGAAAUGCUUACUUACAAGCCCUUAACCAACAGUGCAGUUCAAGAAGAGUUAAGAAAAUAUUUACCAAACUAAGGUAAAAAAAUAAAUAAAUAAAGCUUCAUUUUGUAAGCGUU